AUGACCGACUCUAGUAGAUGGAACUUGUUCAUGGAAUCGCUCAGCGAUGAAGUGGACGUGGAUGAUUAUAUCGCGGCUGCCUCCAACAAGGGAUCAAUUGUUACUAUCAAAGAUUCAAGAACCGAAGAGACCGAAGCCAGUCAUGACAGAUUCGACGACGAAGAAGGCGACGAAGAACAAAAGCCGUUGGUGGCUGUGGCUGCUGAACAAGGACGUGAGCUGGUGCCCAUGAAGGAGGACGACAUGUACAGUUUGAUUUUUACGAGUGCUGUCACACGCCCCGGCUUUUGGUUUGCGUUGGCCAUCUUUACCUUUCAGACAGUGAUAAUGGUCCUGGUGUUGAAAGACACCCUUGACUUUCAAAGCGACACAAACAAGUUCAAGAUGCCUCCUGGAAACCAUUUGGAAGUGAUCCUUGCUCAGGGCCUUCUCAUGGUGAUUUUACCUCAAGUUGCAGACGACUUCAUGGACGCGAUCGAAUUCAUGAUUGACGGAUACGACGAGGGCGUUAUUGACCGUGAAGGGUGCAAACAUGCAACCAAGUGGAAGUGGCUACUUGCAGGAUCUCUACACUUUGGCGUUGGCGCCCUCAUGGUCGUUGAUGUUUUUGCGCUCAUUAUGCAGCAGACGUCUGUAAUUGCUCUUGGAGGUGUCUAUGCCGCUUUUGGUUUCUUUUCCGAAAUUGACAAUGUGGCUUUCCAAAUUUCCAAAAAGGGACUUUGCUCGGUGCCACUGCAACAAGACAUUAAAGAUUCUCUAAAGGUGAAGACUUCCAAGACUACCACGUACACAUGGCAUCGGCGAUUCCGAGACACGCUGCUGGCAGGAGCGCUCGUGGUCGGCUGGGGUGUCCUUACGUACCAAAUGAUUAAAGGAGAAUUCUUGUGUCACAAUCUACUUGUGCAGUUCGGCGACGUCUACAACGCACAUGUUGCAGAGUAUUAUGGAAUGUUUGACAUGCUAGACGACCUUAGUAAACACGACCACAGAGCUGUCUAUCAGGAGAGGUCCACUGGGAACAUGCGCCUAGCGUACUGCUUGAAACAGAAACGGUGGACUCUGGCAGGACAGAAAGCGGAUGGCGACUUUGAUCCUUGUGAUGAAACUCUCAUUGUGGCCGCAUCACAGGAAGAAAACAACCCUGGAUUUGAUAUCUUGACGACAACUAGCUGGUCGGUUGUUCCUGCUGCUCUGGUCGGCGAAAUGAGACCAUUCACCGACUUCACAAUCAAGUGCAAUGAAUGCAGCGAGUUGACCUGUGGCAGCGGGACUUGCGAUGGUGUUCGUUGUGUCUGCCAAGAUGGUCACUUCGGGAUCAACUGUGAGUUUGCUCAUCCGUGCGACCAUUUGACACUGAACCGCAAUACACAAGCCUUCCCUGUGGCAAAACUUGGGCUGGUGUCAUUCCCUACUGAGUUCGAUUUGCUUCGGUUAAGCGACGGCUCCAAGAGCUCAACUUCGGGCGACAGCAGCAACGUCCUUCAGAUUGAAUACCGGCCAGUGUACUUUGGCAAAAGCGAGCGCAACAGAACGUUUGUCAUGUUCUUUGCAGGGAGACGCUUUGUUCUCGUUGACAAAAUGGACGACCAGGUUUUUGCCAACAAGCAAGAAGCAGUAGACUAUAUAUCCAGUGACACGUUUAACAUUCUCCACAGUGGCUACAGCCCCCACUAUGUCAGUGGUGCAAUGGACGUCGAUGAGCCAAACGAGAAAGCGAUACCAGAUAGAAUCGGUUGGUAUCGGGUGCGGGCAAUUGACCAGAUGAGCGGCGAAGGAAACAAGGGCUGGUGGUCCGUGGCCAUGGACGAGCCAGUUGAGACAAAGCUACAUUGCGCCCACUGCAAUGAAGUGUCCAACCCUUGCGAAAACUUUGGGUAUUGCAAUUUCACCAAUAACAGCACUGGCACUCCUUUUGGCUCUUGUGUGUGCUACCAAGGCACUCAAGGUAGUUUGUGUGAAUACGAUGAAAAGUGCAACGACCCCGUAGAAGAUGACCAGACCCACGACGAUGACGACGACGGCAUACCAUACACGUUGGGAUGUUUCUACUCCACCCAUUGCCAACUCGAUGGAACAUGUGCUAAUUGCCCUGUUGGUCUUUGGGGUUCCAGGUGUGCAGUCCCUAUCCCAUGCCAUCUCGCUGCGAAAAAUGCAAAAUUCGACGAUACGUACAAAGGAGACUCAUCGGCAUUCAAUGGAUGUUUCCGUGGUGGGACCUGCGAUCACAAGACGGGUUCGUGCACUUGCCUUGAACCGUACAGAGGUCCCCUCUGCCAAUUUCCAAAUGUUACUGACAUCAAAGGCGUCAAUUUCUAUUGA